AUGGAUGCGUACGACUCUGACCAGCCGCUUUUCUGCGACGACACCGGUGAGGCCCUCAACGAAGCCGCGCGCAAGCUCGUCCUCUCAGCGCUCGCCGAGGACAAGCGCGCGGAGGUUGAAGGCGACGGCAAGACACUUGGGGCUGUCCUCAGUUCGAUCCCAGUGGUCGACUGCGCGAUAGGCACGUGGAAGUACGUGCAGGUGCAGUUGACGCACCCCGACGAGCCCGACACUUUCGUACUCGUCGUCAGGAGCUAUAACCACUGCAGCUAUCAUGCGGAGAACUACCAGGAGCUCAUGCGUCGACUCAGGCGCGACGCAAAAACAAAGGGAUGCGUGGGGAGAGUUAUUGGAGGGGGAAGGAUCCGUUUUGACAAAGGCGCGGGGGUGUGUGAGGUGUACGGGUACUCGAAAACGUUCGGGCGGACGCCUGGGUGCAACGAGAAGACAGCAGAUAUCAUACGGAAGGCGUGCCCCGAGUUCAAGAAGGUCUCCUGGAGCGAUAGCGGCUAUUAA